AAACAUGAACUAAAGAGAGGAGAAGCGCGCCCCCGAGCGUACACCAAGUCCGAGUGCUUAACACAGUUGUCAUCUUGAACGUGUUACGGAAAUUACAAAAGUUAUACAAUGCAUUUUUCCACCGACGACGGGUAAAAAAAAAAUCGUGAAAGCAGUUUUAUCCGUGCACGGGCAUUAACAUGACGAACUUUCUGCUGGUUUUGAAGGAAGCUCGCGUAUAUGGGUUCCGGUGACGAGCUGCUUUUUCGCUGUCAGGAAACUCAGUGCGCUAAAGAUUCAUUCUAGCAUCUGCUGUUUAUCAUCAUCAACAUCACAAGAAUGCUUGGACUAAUGUCGCCUAAAGAGCUCAUCUCACGCUUAAUAUCGCCAAAAGCGCCUGAACGUCCCUCGGGGAGCGUAUUUUUCGCACUUUCGCUGAGUUUUAACUUUCGCUGAGUUUUAACCGUCAUCAACGGAAAGGGGAAUUUGUUCUCGAAGUUCAAGUAGCCGCUGACUGUAAUGCGCACGCUCUUUUGUCCAGAUCUUCGAUAGUGUUUUUCCUGUGCAGUUAUCCUCAUACGUUUUUCGCUUUUACUUCGGUAAAGUGGAUACAUGAAUGCUGCUUUCACAGUCACAUGCCUUCAUUCAUAAUCAUUUGUCGCAUUAUAAUGCGGAGAUUGUCCAAUCAUCGAGCUGAGGGCUCAUUUUCUCGUUUAUUUGGCUUUACAAAGUUGUUACGCACAGGAUUAAUGAACAUAUACGGACUGUUACCGAUUCACCGUUCACUAGAAAAGUGAAAACUGUACGUUCGUGCAGUGAGCUGGCCAGACACAUCGACGAAGGGAAAAAUAUGCAAACCUAGCAGGAAAAGAAGCCAUCAGAAUUACGGAAAUCCUUUCUUUUCCUCCAGUCUGCUAAUACAAAUGGAUUUUAUAGGUCUCAUCGCUUGACUGGUCUGAGGAAUAAGUUUUAUGGAUGAUAUGGGAGACCCUCAGUGGUCCGCGCGCCUAGAAGCGCGUUAGCAAUGGAAGCGGCCUGGAUACUUCUGGACAGUCAUAUUACAUUAACUGUAGCUAUUACGUUUGUCUUCACGAUUUACAUCGAGUUUCCGAAGACAGGGCAGAAAGUGACUGAGUGAAGAGUCCCUCUCCAACUGCGUGCAGUUCACCCCAAGCUCAGGCCAUUGAUGGGUGACACUAGAGGACGGGGUGUGUGAGGACCUUCAAACCUGAACUUCAAUCAAUAGCACUCACAUUCAUACCGGCAAAAUGAAUGAGAGACAGGCUCUCCAUUCAAUUAUGAAGGAUCUGGUGGCCCUGCAGAUGACCAGGCGCCAGCCGGCGUCAACUUACGACACGGCAAAACCUAAACCUGUCAACACUGCCAGUUCUUCCAACAGAAUGGAGGAUGUCAGGAUUAAGUUUGAGUUCUGUGGUGAAAGAAGGAUUCUGAUGUUUGGGCGGCCUGUGCAGUUUGAGGAAGUCCAGCAGAAAGUCAAAACAUUCUUCGGUCAGCAGUUAGACCUGCAUUAUAUGAAUAAUGAGCUGUCCAUCCCCCUGCGUGAACAGGGCGACUUGGAUAAAGCCAUUGAUCUGCUGGACCGCAGCUCAAACAUGAAGAGCAUCAAGAUCAUGCUGCUGACACAGGAACAAAGCAAUGCCUCCUCUCCAUCUCAUCACACAGUCAGUAAGCAGGUUCGUAUCAAAACUUCUCAGUCCACCGGUGAUGUCAGCACUGCCUACCAGUCCGCAGAAUCCAGAGGACGCCACCACUCCACCAGCUCUCAGAACACUGGGCGAAGUUCUCCACCCCCUGGUUACGUUCCUGAGCGGCAACAGCGAAUCGCACGUCAGGGAUCUUACACCAGCAUUAAUAGCGAGGGGGAGUUCAUACCUGAAACCAGCGACCAGUGUGUGCUGGAUCCUUGGAGCAGUGCAGAAAACUCAGUGUCUGGCAGCUGUCAGUCACUGGACAGCAACUCUGACAGCCCCUCACUCAGGAAACCUCGUACACACAGGGUCAAGAGUUACCCUGACAACCGACAAGACUGUGCAGACCGGGAAAACCAUGUAUAUGAUAAGAUUGUGGGUAAGGGAGGGACGUACCCUCGCAGGUAUCAUGUGUCCCUCCAUCAUAAAGACCACAGUGAAGGUCGACGGACAUUUCCACGGAUCCGUCGUCCCCAAGGAAACUUGUUCACAUUGGUGCCAUCACGGCGAUCGCUGAACGGCAGUGAGGAGAGUUUGGGGAGCUGGCAGCUGGUGGAUACUCAGUCCAGACUCCGCCCACAGGACCGCCCAGUCCCUCAUAAGUCCCCUACAGCUCCAGUGACAUGGCGCAGGGGGAAGUUGCUGGGUCAGGGUGCUUUUGGAAGGGUUUAUCUGUGCUAUGAUGUGGACACAGGCAGAGAACUUGCAGCAAAACAGGUUCAUUUUGACCCUGCCAGUCCAGAGACCAGUAAGGAGGUGAGCGCUUUAGAGUGUGAGAUACAGCUGUUGAAGAACCUGCACCAUGAACGAAUCGUCCAAUACUAUGGUUGCCUUAGAGACCACAAUGAGAAGACCCUCACCAUUUUCAUGGAAUAUAUGCCCGGGGGUUCAGUCAAAGACCAGCUAAAGGCCUAUGGGGCUUUGACAGAGAAUGUGACGCGCAAGUAUACGAGACAGAUUCUGGAGGGCAUGUCCUACCUGCACAGCAACAUGAUCGUCCACAGGGACAUCAAAGGUGCCAACAUCCUGCGAGAUUCAGCCGGCAAUGUGAAGCUGGGAGAUUUUGGCGCCAGUAAGCGGCUUCAGACCAUCUGCAUGUCCAGCACUGGGGUCCGUUCUGUUACCGGGACACCGUACUGGAUGAGCCCAGAGGUCAUCAGUGGAGAGGGGUAUGGCCGGAAGGCAGACGUUUGGAGUCUUGGCUGCACUGUGGUGGAGAUGUUGACAGAAAAGCCCCCUUGGGCUGAAUACGAGGCCAUGGCGGCCAUAUUUAAGAUCGCCACUCAGCCCACCAACCCCCAGCUGCCCUCCCACAUCUCCGAGCACACGCGGGACUUCCUCCGCUGCAUCUUCGUGGAGGCCAAAUACCGACCGAGUGCGGAGGAGCUGCUCAGACAUCCCUUCUCUCAGAUCUUGUGCUGAGGAGGCCCAUCGAGCUGCUUCAACUGGUUAAAACCCCCCAGAGGAACCAGGUUCCCUUUUCAAAAACAUUUAAGAGUGCGAUAAGCUCAGUUUCAAAGGCAAUCUAGGUUUCCAGAGCAUGUGACCUGCCAGCACCCAAUCAGCUGUUGCCUGGAUUAGGUCAUAAAACUGGUUCAUUCUGUAUCGGUUUCAAAUGUGAUGUCUUUUUGACAGCAGGGGGCGCUACAGGACAAUCAUGCUGCACACACUCUUUACUUCAGGAAUAAACAGGUUGACACAGGAUGAGCAGAUGCAACAAACAUGAUACUGUUUGAGCUGCUUCAAACUGGACGUUUUAUUACAACAACUGCCAAAUGUGCCUUCUGAAGCCAACAGGGUCUGAAUCUCCUUGAAUGAGGUUUUCAGACAUCAAGAAUGUCUCCUAGUAAUGAAUGUUUCAUAUAGUCCACAGCAGAGUUGUGAAGUCAGUGUUUUACAAGCCAUUUUCCUGGGAUCUCCAUGUGCGCCUAUUGUCUCUGACUACAGGCACUUAGUGUUAAAGGAAACGUAAUAAUUGUGUCUCAUUUUGUUCCUGCCUCAGACGAAUGAGGGUCUUGCGCACGUCAGUCUCGAACGCUUUGAUUUUGUGGUUAAUCUUAUAUUUUGAUUAAUCUUUAUAGAAUUGCACUUCCUUGAUUUGUCGUUUGUAAGGAGCGUUUAAGUCUGUUACAGAAAGCUGUUACUCUCUUUUUUUGUCUUGAGGGUCAGGGCAUGAGGUUAUAGUGUUAUAUGCUCUUUGGACAAAGCGUAAUACGUAGUUUUAUACCGCCGUAGUGCCUUAUUGUGUCCUGUAGAGAGCAGCAGUACAGUACUUAAGAUGCAGCUAAUCUCACCAGUAGUCUUCCCAUAGUGAUGAGAUGUUAAAUUGGGAAUCUCGUAAGGUGUUUUAUCGGUUAUUUUGGGUGUGGCGAGAUAUCGAGAGCACAUUAAGAUGUAUAUUAGUUUUCUCUCCAGCCCAGCCAAAGAAAACGUAUCAAGAAAGUGUCGUAUGGCAGUAUAUCGGACUCAUUUGGAUCAGAUGCACUUUUAUUAAAUGAAUGUUGAAUUUACCAAAUUGUUCAUUUGUUACACAGAAUGUGAAGUCUUUUUCACUUUUAUUUAUAUCCCAUUGUUCUGCCAUUUUAUAUACGAGUAUAUAUAUGUAUAUGUAUAAAUCUAUUUUUAUAUAGUGACUCUGAACUGAGUUAUGCUUUUAGGAACAGAAGAUGAGUUAGAAACAAGAAUUGUAAAAGCAGCUGGUUUUGCAGAGACUACAACAUGAUUUUACAUGUGUUUAUUUCUGGCUGGAAAUUGAGCUCUGGCGAUUUAUGCCGCGCCUGAUCUGUGCAAGUCACAAGUCCUCUGUACUCAUGUUUUUUUAAGUGUUUAUUGUGUGUGUGUGUGUGUGUGUGUCUAUUUCUGUUUAUCCGUCUGCUUUUUUUUCCUAAGGAUAUUGGAGAGAAUCUCAUGCAGAAAGGAUUUUAAUGCAGGUUGUUACAGGAAGUGACCAGUGCCUUGAAUCAUUCUCAGAAAUACAUGUACACACAGAUAUUCACAUUUGCUGCCACUUAGGAAUGACUUGCACAGAUAUGUAUUUACCUUUAUGUAUUCAGAGUUGCCGUGUUAAAGGCGUAAAAGAAAGAUUUUAGAAAGAAAGAAUGGAUUAAAGGUUGAUGUACACUACUGUUAAAAGUUUGGGGUCAGUAAGUGUUUUGUAAAAUAAGUUAAUAUUCAGCAAGGAUGCAUUACAUUGAUCAAAAGUAACAGUAAAACAUUAAUAAUGUUACAAAUGGUUUCUAUUUCAAAUAAAUGCGGAAAAAAAUGUAAGUUUCCAUAAAAAAUAUUAAUUCAACAUUGAUUUCUUGGUCAUCAAAUCAUCAUAUUUAGAAUGAUUUCUGAAGGAUCAUGUGACACUGAAGACUGGAAUAAUGAUGCUGAAAAUUCAGCUUUGACUUCACAGGAAUAAAUUAAGUUUUUAAAUAUAUUAAAAUAGAAAACCAUUAAUUUAAAUUGCAAUAAUAUUACAUUUUUUUACUGUUUUUGAUCAGAUAAAUGCAGCCGUGGUGAACAUAAGAGACUUCUUUUAUAUAUACAUACAUAUAAUAUCACAGACUAGUAGUGUAUUUCAGAUUUGUUCGGAAUGCAGUGUUAUUGUACUUGGAAAGUAAGAACAUGGGACUUGGCAUGUUUGUGAAGAACUGAGAAAAGUGUAUGAAAGGGCACCAAGCUUUCUUUGGAAAUGUAUUAGGGGGGUGUUGCUUAAAUAAAGAGGUAGGUCAAUGUCAGGGGCAAAAUUCCACUCAGCUUGACGACUUUGUUUAGCUCAGGGUUUGAGUGACAGGUGUCCAUCAUACGGGCACACCAACACUGACCACAGGACCAAUUGUCCUCCUUUUAUAUUGUUUUGAAAGUAUUUUGGCCUCCUCAAAAGAGUUGAAUGGCUCAAAUAUGAUCUCAAAUAGCUGCUAGUUUUUGUUUAGGCAGCUAAGAAUCAGUAUUGUACCAAAGAAUCAGAUAUUGUACCAAAUGUCACAGUAAGUCUAGUUGAGAACCCUGGGAUAAGCAAAAGAAUACAAACCAAUAGGUUAGAUACACAGUAUAUGAUUAUGGUUAUGUAUCUUGACGUGAGACUUGCAGUGCAAAGUCCAGUGUAUCAAAUAUUUUCCAAUAAAAUAAUAUGCACAAAUCAAACUUGUUUUUAAUCUUGAAUAUAUAUAUAGUAUCAUUUUCAGUGUUCUCUAAUACUUAUUAUGUGUGUUUGUCCAUGAUUCUUGCUAACAGUGUUUCUCAGCAUCUGUCUUUGUCUAUUUGGAGUCAGUCUAAGCCAGUCACAGUACUAACUGCUUUUCUCUGUGAAUACACACCAUUGUGGCAUCAAGGAAAGGAGUGACUGAAUUUAUAGAGCUUCCUCCCCCUCUUCUCUCUGUUCAGUGAAAUAUUGUGCGAAGAGAAACAUUAUGCUCAGGCAGGAAUGAGGCCCAUGUAAAGAAGUGACUUAUGUGAAGUCUAUUUCUUAACUGCAUUUUUUUUUCUGCGUUCACUGCCUUUUUUUAAGCCUUCAUUUGUCAGUCAUGGUUUUCCUUGGGUCUUUUGACACUGAGAAAAGUGUAGGUGUAUCUUGUUCAUGUUGUUAGACCAGUUGUUGUCCGAGAAAGAAUGCAUUUCUUUGGAAUUAAUCUGACAAAUGUCUACUUUUAGUAUCUUCAUGCUGCAGGUGAUGACACACACAUGUGUUAAAUGGAAUGACAUGUUAUACUUCAUAUUUCUUCAUUAGUUUUUUUCAUACCCUUCUCAAGAUUAACAUAUUAGUAGUGUUGGGCAUGUGUAUUUGUUUUAUUUUUUACAUUUAAUUUGUCCUUUCAGUAACACGGUUUCAGUUUAGUUUUUCCAAUGUAUGUAAUUUCAGUAUUUUAGGGCUGCCAAAGUUGAUGCGUAAUGAUACUGAAAUCAUUCAAAAUUUUCAGGAUUUUGAUAUCUGCUGGCAUUUUCAUGCAUAAUGAAGGCAGGCUAGACAGUUUACAAUAAAAAAUGUUUAGUUUCAUUUUUUAGUACAAUUUUAUUUAAUAAAAUAAAAUCAUAAAACAUU